GCGCCAUAUACUACUCGAGUACUCAGUUGACUGAUACUCUCUAGUUCGUCUUUAUCAUACAUAGUCUCGCUUCACCGAUGUUCAGCGGUGUUGUUCAACCCGGGAUUGUCUCUCUAUUCUCCUCGACUGGUAGUGAACCCCUGGGGUUAUUCUCGUCAAGGACAGACGCGUCUCUUCCAUCAGACUCGUUUCUAUGUUUUCUCGAAGAUUCGUCCUCAAGCCCGCCUCCAGCACCACCAGCCACCCUCAUAGCUUCACCAUCUGUUAGGACAGAUGUCGAUGGAAAGGAUAGCGAUGAGAAGGAGGGCUAUACUCUAUCACAAACUGUUCUUCAUCUUCAGUCACCAACCCUCCGGACGACAUAUAUUAGGUGUCCGCCACAAGGCAGCAAAGAGGAUUUGGGCUUGAAACAUCCUUGGAUACAUAUCCAGGUUCGGGAUAUGGGUCGAGAGUGGUCGUUUGAGGUUGGCGUAGUUGAUAAGGCUGGUAGAGAAGGUAUCAUUCGGUUCUCAACGUUCCAGAAAGAGCCUAGGCUCAAGUUGUUGAACCCACCGCUUCUCCAUCUUCCACUGUCCUUCCCGUCAUCUUCAUCACACCGUUUGACGGGUUGGAGCACCAUUGACGUCAACCUACCCAGUCUCUUGCCACAUUUUUCCUCAGCAUCACUCGCUCGCAAUGAGGAUGAUGGCUCAUCAGAUACAGAGAUGCCCUCACGCUCAGCCCACAUUGCGUCAAAUGUGAGCAGGACACAGGUUCCCAGCGGCUUGUACUCUCACGUGUCCUACAUUAAGAUAUAUGCGACAUGCAGACUGAGGCGGAUAUGGUUCAGCGAGAGUGGGCCGGGGCAAAGCGUGCCUUGGGAGUUCCAACUCUUCGGGCCUGCAUGACCUUUCCACUGGGUCAAUGGAACAGACGUAUUCAAGCACUCGUUCUGUACGGUGGUCUCUAUGUAAUGUGCAUUGCCCGGCUAGUUUUUCAUAUUUGUACACAAUUAACACUUUUGCAUCGUGGUAGAAAUACCCUACACGGGUAGUCAACAGAAUUCUACAUGACUGUUAUGGUCCAUCAUCAAACGUUGUAAUCUAGGUUCAGCAGAAUUUGUUCAUCUUGUCGUAAAGCAUGCUGUACCGUCCACUGGCAUUAGAACUCAUAAUGAGGCCUGUCAAGCGCGAGACCCAUUUUGAUAAAUCGUACUGGUCCGGGGGCGAGUCCAGUGUUCCUUCGAAGGAGCAUUGAUAUGAAACUGGCGAAGAUUCCAAGGUUCUUCCAGCCUGGAUCGCAGUGCCCUUCACACCGUACGAGGGAGUACUAUAAAUAAAUGAGGGUCCAUUACCACGAUGUCCGUCGUCGCCUUCAAGGCGAAAAUGGGUUAUAUAACUGGGGAUAUGGUUUAAGGGAAGGGAUAUCGCUUGAACGAGGCGUGUGGUCUCGCUGUCUUCGGGCUGCGACCCAUCACCAUCCGGAUGAUUGUGCAUUCAACAAGGACUUCGAACUAGAAUAGUCAAUGCAAAAUCUAUGUGACGAAGGCGUGGAGAUAGAGUGUUGGGGCUUAAACAUAAGGAGUAAUGGCGGGUACGGGAUGGGUGGUACCGGUCCCAGAUCACAGUCGAAGCUAAACGGUCUUUAUUUGCUGUGUCAUGUAGGUAAAAACGCUUGGCCAACCAUGCGC